GUUUACAAGAUUUUGUAUGAUUGUGUAUUUCGCUAAAGUUUAAUUAUUAUCUAAAAACAUUUAGAGUUAUCUACCAUUAUCAUAUUGAUAUGUAUUUUCUGCAGUUAUCUUUCUUUUUUGAACCUAGAGUUAUCCUUUCAUUAUAUGAUUUAGAGUUACUUUUCCUAAUUGUUGACUUCCUGUUUGUUGUUUGUGUGACCCACACAAGGACACUUAGUUCACCCAACAUGUUUUUCGUAUUCCUAUGCUGCCACACACUUUUUUUACCGCAUACACAAUAAAUACGAAGCACUGGAUUGUUGUGUUGGUUAACUAUCUGUAGGCAAAGGCAGAAUAGUAAAAAAAGUGUUCAGCUAUGGAUUACAUGGACAGAAGGAUGCGUACAUUGACUUCUGGAGGCCAAGCCAUGUACCAAUCGAAUCUGGACUACUACUUACGGAAUCUCAAGAAGGAUUGGAGAGAAUUCGAAACUAUUUUGACCGACUUUGAUGAUUCUUGCACCGACAUCAAAUAUCUACGGAACGUGGAGAGCAGAGUAGAAAUGGCCAAAUAUGGAUAUAUGGAUAGCUAUCAGUCACUCAUUUCCUUUCUUAAUCGAACACGCACCAAUGAAAGUGAACUUGAGCUAGAUAAUCAGAUGAUACGUCACCAGAAAUGUUUAGGCAUUAUCAACAACUUCGAGAGGCAACUUGUUGACCUUCUUCUAGAUGCGGCUGAAAUUCUAACAGAGAGUUUUGAAUACCGAACAAGAUCAGAAGCAUCCAUUUCGACUACCAGAUCAAUGGAAUUCAGGAAUAAACAUAUAAGUCCUACACGUAAACCUGAAAAGACGAAAUAUUCUUUCAAGGAAAAAGAAAAUCUUAAAAUACAAAAGGAAUUAACCGAAGCAAAAAUGGAACAAUUGGAACUUGAAGAUCAAAGAUCACAUGUGUCAUUGUCAAAGCAACACCUUCUCAGUAACUAUGAGUCCCCAAGAAGAGUAAGACAACAAUACACUGAGAGAUACGUUAGUGAACAAUCAGUCCUAAGUGAACCGAAAAGCCACUACGUAUCAUUUGAGGAAUUGGACAAGCAGAGCGACCUAGAUGAUCAUUUCCAUAGUAACACCAGAAACAGUAUACCAAGGAAAUCUGCAAGUGUACAAGAUAACAACAGACCUUGUGCAACAGCUCCAGAAACUCUUCCAGUUUCAUCUCCUGGAGUAGUUGAAAACUUGACGCAGUUUCUCCUAAAGAAAGACCUCCUGAUGUCACGAUUUAGUCCAUUUAAUGACAGACCUGACUCGUACCAGACGUGGAAAGCUAGCUUUACAAGCAUAGUGAAAGAACUGAACAUCUCCGCGUUUGAAGAAAUGGAUUUGUUGAUAAAAUGGUUGGGACCAGAGUCAAAGAGAUUUGCAAGCAGCAUUAGAGGAUCCAACAUCAACGACCCAGUGAAAGGACUCUAUCGUAUAUGGGAACGUUUAGAAGAGAGCUAUGGAAGACCCGAAAUGAUUGAAUCCGCCCUAAAGAACAAACUCAACAAAUUUCCCAAGAUAACUAUGAAGGACCCAAAGAUGUUGUAUGAUUUGCUUGAUAUAUUGACCGAAAUAGAAUCAGCGAAGGAGAAUGGUCAAUAUGCUACACUCCUCUCAUACUAUGACUCAUCUUCUGGUGUCAUUCCUAUUAUCAGCAAGCUUCCCCCAAAUCUUCAAGAAAAAUGGGUAUCUCAAGCAUCAAAGUACAAGAAAUAUUACGAAGUUCCAUUCCCCCCAUUUAAAUUCCUUGUGAGUUUUAUCCGGGAUCUCAGCAUUGUAAAAAAUGACCCAGCUUUUCAUACCGAUAGUUCAUCUACACUAACUACAUCGGAGAAAAGAACUUACGAACCAAAGCGAUCGUUUCCUGUCAACAGUCGAAAAACUGAUCUUGAAGCUGAUGACGGAAACAUACAAGAAACACAGGAACGAACAUCAAGAUGUCCAAUACACAAAGCAAGUCAUUCCUUAAAUCAGUGCAGAACCUUUCGAGCUAAACCUAUACAGGAGAGAAAGGAUUUAUUGCGGGAAUUUGAAUUUUGUUAUAAAUGCUGUGACUCUAAACAUCUGUCAAGAAACUGUACAGCUACCAUAAAGUGUGACGUGUGUGGAAGUUCUCGUCAUGCCACAGCGUUGCAUAUCGACCAAAAGAAGUUUGAACCCAAAGCAUCUUGUGGAUGGGAGAGGACAGAAUCAGGAUCUGGACGUGUUGACGGCGGGGAGAGGUCUGCAAGGAGAACUGACGUUUCAAAUAAAUGUACUGAACUCUGUGGCAAUAACUUUAGUGGUCGAUCAUGUGCAAAAGUUCUACCUGUCAAUGUUUAUCCUUACGGCAAAAGGGAAUGCGCUAUCAAGGUGUACGCAAUCAUCGACGAACAGAGCAACUGUACCCUUGCUAGAUCCGAAUUAUUUGACUUCUUCAACAUCCAAAGUGAAUCAGAAGCAUACACCCUGUUUUCUUGCAGUGGUCAAUCUACAUGCAGUGGAAGAAAAGUCAAUGGAUUAGUUGUUGAAUCUAUAGAUGGAAGUUGUCGAUUCAAUCUUCCUACAGUUAUCGAGUGUGACGAAAUUCCUGCUAAUCGACAAGAGAUAGCAACCCCAGAGGUAGCAGACACUUACCCUCAUCUACAAGACAUAGCAAUUCAUAUGAUGCCACUUGAUGAAGACGUCAACAUUCUUCUCUUGAUUGGACGUGACCUUGGAGAUGUACAUCAUGUUCUCGAGCAAAGAGUUGGACCUCCAAAUACGCCACAUGCACAGAAACUUAAUCUUGGAUGGGUGAUUGUUGGAGAGGUUUGUCUCGGAAGAACUCACAGACCGGAUGUUGUUGUUGCAAACAAAGUCUCAGUUAUGUCUGAUGGAAGGAAUACUUUGGCUACCCCAUGUCCAAACAACAUCAUUGUCAAGGAGACCCUACCUAAACAAAUACAGUGUGAUGCACUCCUUAAACAUCCACAAGGAAACGAACCAAUUGGACAGAACAUUUUCCAGACAUCUCCUGACGAUGACAAGCCAGGACUGUCUGUGGAAGAUAAAGAAUUCCUAGCCAUCAUGGACAAGGAGUUUUAUCGUGAUGAAAGUGGCCAGUGGGUUGCCCCAUUACCAUUCCGAGAACCGAGAUACAGACUUCCAGAUAAUAGACAGCAAGCAUUGAAAAGAGCAACGAUACUAGAUAAUAGCCUGAGGAAGAACCCAAUUAAAUGUGAACACGCACUCACCUUUAUGCAACGUAUAUUUGAUGCAAAACAUGCAGAGCUAGCACCACCAUUAAAGGAAGAUGAAGAGUGUUGGUUCUUACCUAUUUUCAGUGUAUACCACCCGAAGAAACCUGAUCAAGUUAGGAUGGUGUUCGACUCAUCAGCCCAGUGUAAUAGUGUGUCACUGAACAAUGUCCUUCUGACAGGCCCGGAUUUAACAAACAGUCUUCUUGGUGUUCUACUGCGGUUCAGACUUGAUAACAUCGGUGCCAUGGCUGACAUACAACAGAUGUUUCACUGUUUUAAAGUCCGAGAAGACCACAGAAACUAUCUACGUUUCUUCUGGUACUUAGACAACAAUCCACAGAAGCAAUUGGUGGAAUACAGAAUGUGCGUUCAUGUUUUCGGCAACAGUCCAUCACCCGCAGUUGCAACAUAUGGACUUAGAAGGACUGCACAUAUUGCCGAAGAUAAAUACGGAAGUGACGUUCGAAGUUUCGUUGAACGCAACUUCUAUGUUGAUGAUGGUUUGAUCUCGAUGUCAUCCCCAGAAGAAAUCGUCAGUUUGAUGGAAAGAACAAAGCAAGCGCUACUGGAAGAAGGAGGGCUUAGGCUUCACAAAUUUGUGUCUAACAGCAGUGAUGUUAUGAGCCACUUUCCCACUGAAGACUUAGCCAAAGACUUGAUGUCUUUAGAUCUCAUUAAAGAGAAUCUUCCUAUACAGCGAAGUUUAGGGUUAAGCUGGAAUCUCCGAACAGAUUCAUUCACCUUCAGACUUUCCUUAGAUGAGAAACCAUAUACACGCCGUGGAGUACUUUCCUGUUUAAACAGUUUCUACGACCCUAUAGGAUUUGUUGCCCCAGUUCUCGUUAGAGGUAAACUGCUGCUAAGAAAGUUCAUUGAGGAAUCUACUGACUGGGAUCAACAUUUACCUGAACAGUAUCAAGUGGAAUGGGACCAGUGGAAACAGCAGCUACCAUUUCUUGAAAACCUGGAAAUCCUUCGUCCUUAUCUCCCGGUAUCUCCUGAAAAGCUUUUCAAGAGAGAAGUCCACGUGUUUACAGAUGCGUCUGAAGAGGCAGUUGCAGCAGUUGCUUUCCUCAGAGCGGAGGACCAAGAUGGCAAUCUACAUUGCGGCUUCAUUAUGGGAAAAGGAAAAGUUGCACCUAAGAAAGCAGUCACCAUCCCUCGGUUAGAGUUAUGCGCUGCAGUGCUUGGAAUUGAGAUAUCCAAGAUCAUCAAAGAACAGCUGGAUAUUGAUCCCAAAGAAAUGCAUUUCCAUACUGACAGCAAAGUUGUUCUUGGUUAUAUCUACAACAGAACCAGGAGAUUCUAUACCUAUGUUAGCAACCGAGUUGAAAAGAUACAUAAAGUUUCUUCACCGGAACAAUGGAGCUAUGUUCCUUCAGAACACAACCCCGCAGAUCAAGCGACCAGACCAGUCUCAGUUGAAAGCAUGAAAAACAGUCUGUGGCUUUGUGGUCCAAAACAAUGGUUCCAUCAAUACCAAAACACAGUGAAGACAGCUGACGAAACAGUUCCACUAGAGCACGAACUCGUAGACUCAGAGAGUGACAAAGAGAUUCGACCAAUACUUACAGUGAAGAAGCUACACAUUGGAGAAUCAUCUCUUGGAACUGGGAAAUUCACUAAAUAUUCAACGUGGAAUGGUUUGGUAGCAGGAAUCGCACGCCUGAAACACAUAGCUAGGGCUUGGAGUGGAACAUCACAGUGCAGAGGUUGGCAUUUCUGCAAUAAGGCAAAGGAUGUCAAACUGUAUCUUGAGACAGAGAAACACAUAAUUAGAGAGGUCCAAAAUGAAGCAUUCCUAGAAGAAAUUAGAUGCAUUAGAGAAAACAAAGAUCUCAACAGAGGAAGCUCGCUCUUGAAAUUACACCCCUUCUUAGAUAGCGAUGGUAUCGUACGUGUUGGAGGCCGAUUGUCCAAGUCAGAUUUGAGCAACCAUGAAAGGAACCCCAUCAUUAUUCCUGGGAAGCAUCAUAUUGCUACACUGUUGGUGCGCCAUUACCAUCAGCUCACGAAGCAUCAAGGACGCCACUUCACUGAAGGCUCGAUUAGAUCAGCCGGUUAUUGGAUAACCGGAGCCAAGCGAAUCGUAUCUUCAGUAAUAUACAAUUGUGUGACAUGCAGAAAGAUGAGAAGAAAACCUGAGCAUCAAAUAAUGGCGGACUUACCUCAAGAUCGGUUAUCUCCAGGACCUCCAUUCUCAAGCGUGGGAGUGGAUACCUUUGGACCCUGGGAAGUUGCUGCACGUCGUACCAGAGGAGGACUGGCUCACGCUAAACGUUGGGCAGUGAUGUUUUCUUGUCUUUCCUCAAGAGCUGUCCAUAUAGAAGUGGUCGAAGAGAUGAGUUCCUCGUCUUUCAUUAACGCUCUGAGAAGAUUCGUCGCUAUACGAGGCAGAGUACAGGAAUUUAGAUCGGAUCGUGGCACAAACUUUGUGGGUUCAACCGAAAGUCUAGGAAUUCAUACCAUUAAUGUAGAAGAUGGACCCGUUGGACAGUUUCUGUUGGAUAACAGAGCUGUAUGGAUAUUUAAUCCUCCACACUCAUCCCACAUGGGCGGUGCAUGGGAGAGGAUGAUAGGCCUUACAAGACAAAUUCUAGACUCUUUAUUAAUUACUGGUACAGCAAAGAAGUUGACACACGAGACCCUCAUAACGUUCUUAGCUGAAGCUUGUGCCAUUAUUAACUCAAGACCAUUAGUACCAGUUCCAACCGAUCCAGAGUACCCAUUUAUUCUCACUCCAUAUACCCUUCUGACCCAGAAAACAGACAAAGGAGGAGAACCGCCUGGACCAUUUGAUGAGAAAGAUGCCUUCAAAGCUCAGUGGAAAAGAGUUCAACUACUUGCAGACCUCUUCUGGAAACGAUGGCGUAGGGAAUAUUUAGUCACCCUUCAAAGUCGACAAAAGUGGACACAGCACCAAAGAAACCUAUCCGUCGGUGAUGUCGUUUUAUUGAAGGACAGUUCAGCCCAUCGCUGUGACUGGAAGAUGGCAGUAGUGGAUCAAGUGUUUCCAAGCGCAUCGGACAAGAGAGUCCGUAAAGUACAACUUUCUAUAUCUUGA